UUACCGUUCUAGUCCUUCAAUUCUUUGGUAACGCAUGAUUUUCGCGCUUUCUAUUCAACAUUUGUUUACAGAACUCUGAAAUUGUUUGCAAAACAUUUACUCUACGAUUUUCGUUGAAUAAACUAUACAGUAAUGCAGGCUUUCCUUAAAACCAGCAAAAAUGCAGGAUAUUCGAGCCAGCCAUACGAUGCUGAAGGAAGCGUAGAAAAGCGCAGCAAAGCACAUUCCGUUCCAUGGGUUGAGAAAUAUCGUCCCAAAACCGUUGAUGAUGUGGUCGAACAAGGAGAGGUCGUUGCGGUUCUCAGAGAAUGUUUAUCCACAGAUGAUCUGCCCAACUUAUUACUUUAUGGUCCGCCAGGAACUGGUAAAACGAGCACGAUCCUUGCUGCAGCUCGACAACUGUUUGGAGAUAUGUUUAAAGAUCGCAUCUUGGAGUUGAAUGCUUCCGAUGAUCGUGGAAUCAAUGUGAUAAGAAGCAAGGUUAAAACAUUUGCGCAGCUUUGUGCUAGCGGAACUAGAGUCGAUGGAAAGCCAUGUCCUCCAUUCAAGAUAGUCAUUCUAGACGAGGCCGACGCUAUGACACAUGCUGCUCAGGCAGCUUUGCGCAGAACCAUGGAGAAAGAAACCAAAACGACUCGAUUUUGCCUAGUCUGCAAUUACGUGUCGAGAAUUAUCGAACCGAUUACGUCUCGAUGUACGAAGUUUCGCUUCAAGCCUCUUGGCGAGGACAAAAUCAUAGCUCGUCUGCGGUUGAUCUGUGAGCAGGAAAAUGUCGACGUGGAGCCGCAAGCUUAUCAGGAUAUAAUGAAAAUUUCUGGAGGAGAUUUGCGACGUGCGAUUACCACGCUACAAUCUUGCCAUCGACUAAUGGGGAAAAACGCUAAGAUUGAAAGUACCGACAUUCUGGAAAUGUCCGGCGUAGUUCCACAGAAGUAUUUGGAAGAUUUUGUUUCCGUCUGUAAAUCUGCCAAUUAUAAUAAGUUGGAAGAAUAUGUUCAGAGUAUCACCCAUGAUGCAUACAGCGUAGGACAGUUGCUAGAACAGCUGACCGAAUUUAUUAUCAUGCACGAUGGACUAAGUAACAAGCAAAAGAGCAAAAUUUGUGAUAAAAUCGGAGAAUGUUGUUUCCGUCUACAAGGAGGCGGCUCGGAGUACAUCCAAAUCAUGGAUUUAGGAUGCGUAACAAUUCAAGCUCUUCAAAGCAACUAGCGAUCAAGUUAUGGUAAAUAAUGUGCUAAAAAUACACAUUCAUUAAUUAUUUGUUGAAUUUAAGUUUUCUUUCUGUUCAUCGAACCAACUCUUCACCCGAAAACGAUACAAUGAAAUUUAUUAAUUUUUCCCGGAGUCACUGGUUUUUUUUUCAUUCCUUUACAAAAGAAAAGCAUUUUUCGUUAAUAGAAUAGAGGUGAAUGAACUGCGAAGUUAAAAGCCUCUUAAAAACAAAGAAUCGAAUCGUCAAUAUAAACAACGUCAAAGUAA